UACAAAUACGUGUCUCAGGCAAUUGACUUAUCUCCAGGUCGUUCUUGAUAUUCUCCAUCCGAUCCUCCUUCGAACUUCGCCAUUUGAUUCUUCGUUCUGAUUCGCUCCUUCCGCCAUCCCUAUAGAUGGCGUUUUCUCUCCGCAUUGGUUGCACCGGCAGCAAUCGUAGUUUUGCCAAGUUCGGCAUCGACAAUAAUCUGUGUAGUCUCUGUGGCGGUGCGCCACGGCCCAUGUCUGUGAUGUUCGUUGGACGUCAGAGCCGUUCGAGAGGACAGGAUAGGAGGAUCACUGCGGCCGCUGCCUUGAUGACAGCUCCGGCCAUGGCGGCUACCGGUUUCCAGGAGAAUUUUUUGAGUUUGGAUAUGGAACCGCGCGGUAACAGCGAUCGGUCAGAAGGAAAAGAUGCUGCCGACGCGAGCGAUAGGUUGGAUAGGUGGAUGAGGGAUUCUGUGGUAGAGAUCGUCAAAAAUCUGAGGGAGGCGCCGUUGUUAGUGCAUGUUUUUCCAAAGGGCUAUACUGACGGCGGCGGCGAUGGUCAUAUGAUGAAGACAAGGACAACGACGGCGACGGCGACCUUGGUGACAGAGAAGAGGGCGACGGAGGAGAAUUGGCCAGAGGCGAAGGGAAAAUGGCGACAGGAAAUGGCGCCAUUGCCAGAAGGCCUUAUAUUGGUGGAAGAAUUGACCGGCGACGAUCUCACCGGGAAAGAACGAAUAAAAGGGAGAGAAAACACGACGAAGGUUUGGGGGGUAGUGGUCCAGGGCAGACGGGCAGGAUGCGGGCCGGUUUGCUAUUUGUUGAAGACGACUCGGGUCGGGUCAUGCCAGACGGGACCUUGUUGCACCCACUAUUGCUUAACAAGAGUGAAGGACUUGAUGGAAACUGUGGAAUCGCAAUUCAAGAAUCUCUGGCUGGUUCACAGCGAGAACCAGUGAUUAAUGUUAUUUUAUUUUUUAGAUAUUUGAUCAAGAAACUGUAUAAAAUAUAAAUAAGAUUCAUCUUGCAGUGCCAUGACCUUGUUCUGGCCAUUGAUCUUGCUCGGAUGUGUACAGAGUCAGUGACAUAGUGAAAUAUUUUUCAAUUAAUCUUCGCAUCCAGUUUUUCAACA